GCAGUCCGGCGCCCUGGCCGCCGCGCCAGCCCGUCUCCGCCGUGGGGUACUGGGCAGCGUUGGCCCCUGCGCUUGCCGUCUUUUCCGGCAGUUGGGGCUCUUCCUGUCGUCUUCACACCCGCAACCGCCCCGCGGCCCCCUACUUCAGAGUCCCUAACGCGUCCCCUCCCCUCCUCGGGUCGGCUGGCAGCUGCUGCGGGGGUUUCGCCUUUCCUCACGUCGAGACCGCUGGCCCGGCCGGCGUCUGCGGCUGUUCGCCGCCCCCAGCCCUGCCUCUCCCCUCAGCCCCGGGCUCCGCAGCCAUGGCAAUGACAGGCUCAACACCUUGCUCGUCCAUGAGUAGUCACACAAAGGAAAGGGUGACAAUGACCAAAGUGACCCUGGAGAAUUUUUAUAGCAACCUUAUUGCUCAACAUGAAGAACGAGAAAUGAGACAAAAGAAGUUAGAAAAAGUGAUGGAAGAAGAAGGCCUCAAGGAUGAAGAGAAACGACUCCGGAGAUCAGCUCAUGCUCGGAAGGAAACAGAGUUUCUUCGCUUGAAGAGAACAAGACUUGGACUGGAAGAUUUUGAGUCCUUAAAAGUAAUAGGCAGAGGAGCCUUUGGUGAGGUGCGGCUUGUUCAGAAGAAAGAUACGGGCCAUGUGUAUGCAAUGAAAAUACUUCGUAAAGCAGAUAUGCUUGAAAAAGAGCAGGUUGGCCACAUUCGUGCGGAGCGCGACAUUCUAGUGGAGGCAGACAGUUUGUGGGUUGUGAAAAUGUUCUAUAGUUUUCAGGAUAAGCUAAACCUCUACCUAAUCAUGGAGUUCCUGCCUGGAGGGGACAUGAUGACCCUGUUGAUGAAAAAAGACACGCUGACAGAAGAGGAGACUCAGUUUUAUAUAGCAGAAACAGUGUUAGCCAUAGACUCAAUUCACCAACUUGGAUUCAUCCACAGAGACAUCAAACCAGACAACCUUCUCCUGGACAGCAAGGGCCACGUGAAGCUUUCUGACUUUGGCCUUUGCACAGGACUGAAAAAAGCACAUAGGACAGAAUUUUAUAGGAAUCUGAACCACAGCCUCCCCAGUGAUUUCACUUUUCAGAACAUGAAUUCCAAAAGGAAAGCAGAAACCUGGAAAAGAAAUAGACGUCAGCUAGCCUUCUCCACAGUAGGCACUCCUGACUACAUUGCUCCUGAGGUGUUCAUGCAGACCGGGUACAACAAGCUCUGUGAUUGGUGGUCGCUGGGGGUGAUCAUGUAUGAAAUGCUCAUUGGCUACCCACCUUUCUGUUCUGAGACCCCUCAAGAGACAUAUAAGAAGGUGAUGAACUGGAAAGAAACUUUGACUUUUCCUCCAGAAGUUCCUAUUUCUGAGAAAGCCAAGGAUCUCAUUUUGAGAUUCUGCUGUGAAUGGGAACAUAGAAUUGGAGCCCCUGGAGUUGAGGAAAUCAAAAAUAAUUCUUUUUUUGAAGGUGUUGACUGGGAACAUAUCAGAGAGAGACCUGCUGCAAUAUCUAUUGAAAUCAAAAGCAUUGAUGAUACCUCAAACUUCGAUGAGUUUCCAGAAUCUGAUAUUCUUAAGCCAACAGUGGCAACAAGUAAUCACCCUGAGACAGACUACAAGAACAAAGACUGGGUCUUCAUCAAUUACACCUACAAGCGCUUUGAGGGCCUGACUGCCCGGGGGGCGAUACCUUCCUACAUGAAAGCAGCAAAAUAGUGUUCUUUGAAAAGGGAUCCUAAAUCGAGCAGAGUUCUUUGUACAACAUCAUGGUUUUCUUCUCACCUACUUUUGAAAGAGUUUCCAGGAAGCUUAUGGAACCCACCAGCGUGGUGAACAUGGUGAUAGUAAGUGGAUUCUCUUCCAUAACACAUCUGAUGACUGGUAGAACAAAGACAACUGUUUCUACUGUGUUGGCCAUGAACAGCUGUCCUGCUUCUUUAGAAGCAUCAUGAGCCAAUCUGAUGUUUUAAAAAACCUCAAAUUUUCCUAAGUUCAUCAGAACAAAGGGGGAAAAACAGCCAUCAUCUAACUUGAGACUGUAACAUAAACUUAUUAUCACCCAGUUCUGGGUUUCUGUGACAUGCUUCCUGUCAAGCCCACCAAGUGUUUUUCUUCUUUACGGCUAAAAGUUCGUAGUACUAAAGGAAAUAAAGCAAUAAAGAGCGUCAGCAGCCAGCAUUCUGGCUGAAGGAAAUGAUCCACCAUUCUGAAUGGAUGGUUAUGGUGGUUUCUCCCCGGACCUCAGCCUCUGGCAAAUGGCUUUUUAUAGCCUUCAAUCAUGGUGCACUUUAUUUAUGGUACUAGGAUAAAGACUCUCAAUCCAUUUUGAUUUAUUUGCUCCUGCCCAUCUAAAAUACUCCUGCUGCUUUUCUGAGUGUUGAUGGAGGAGGCCAGCUUGAUCCAUCAUUGCUCUUAGAAGGCCAAAGGCUGCUGGGCAUCACCAAGGAGUCGCAGAUCAUGUGGAAAAUUUUCACCUUCUCUUCACGACUGUAUCAGAAAAUCCCUUUGGAUAUUGCCAUGGCCCAGCAACACCCACAAGUGCUGCCAACAGGACCUCAGCUCCUUCCUGGGAACACAUCAGGGGCAGCCUGGGCAGAAGCAGGCGGCCUGGAACCCUCUUGGCUAAGGUGCUGCUCCUGUUCUGUCUCCAGGACCUCCUUGCAAGCUGUGAGGGAGCCAGCCCAGUACACAGUGCAGGGCCAGCCUGCAGAUGCUUGUACAGUUCACUCCUCAGUCCCUGGCGUGACCGUAUUUGUAUUCUCAGUGUUUCUUCUCUUCCAACUUUAAGGAACCAUUUUGCCUUGGAAUCAUGAUUACAAAUUUUUCCUUUGCAGAUGCCUUCCUGGGGGAUGGGCCUCUCCACCCUAAAGGGUCACCUGCAGGCCUGGGCUGACCAGGCCUCUCUGCUGGGGUGGUCUCUGAAGAGGGACCCUCUGAAUUUUAGCACAAAGUGCCUUUUCUUUCACAGCUGCCACCACCUUUAGAGAACUUUUGCUGCAUCAGAAAAAUGUGGAGGCUCCAUAUUAAUGCAUUACUGCUUUAAAAAAUUUUGAUGACUCUUAAAGCGUCGUUUGCACCUAUGUGGUAACUCUGCAUAUUGCAGAGUGUCGUGGCCAAGUCACAACUGGGAGACUGCUUCCUGCCAGUCUUGAGGUUGUAAACAUCAGCUAUGAAAGGAAAGUAUGUUCUAGCUUAGCCAUUCAGGGAAAAAAAAAAAAAAAAAAGGAAUAUCAAAGUGACAGUAGUAAGUGAAACUGCUUUAGAGGAAGGAAAAAGAAUUUUAGGGAAAUACUAACUCUGGAUGAAGAUCAUGUGUUUGCCCCUUAUUCUUUCAUUCAUGGUUUGCUGGUGAAGAGGAUGUGAGAGUCUUCUGCGUAACUAUGUAGUUUCUUUGGAUUACCCAGUAGUUGGGGUCUUGACCCCAUGUGUGUUGCAAGAGUGUGUGGUGAGCAUGGGUAAUGAGAAUAGGGGGUGAUAGUCUGUAUGUUGGAAACUGGCAUGGAAUGAUUUUUCUUGGGCGGGGGGGCGGGGGAUGCCCACAUUUUAACUUCUAAACUUCUGAAUAAACUGUGUGAAAACAGCUGUAUAAAUAUGUGUGUGUUAAAGCAAACGUGGCUUGUAAUACGGAGGCAGAGUGCUGGCGGCUUCUAACCCCUUUGUCUGCAAAGCAUUGGAACAGUGAACAUCUUUAGGCAGAAUGCUUUACUGCCUCAGGGAAGAUGGGAGCCUGCCCUUCUGAACUGGAGCUCAUGUGAAGAGACGUCUGCCGGCCCCAGCCUCUGCUCCUUGCACCUGGCGGCGGGCACUCCUGCAGUUCAGUGCAGUAAGGCCGAGGGGAGACCCGCUGACCAAAGGACACUCUGUACAGCUGUUUGUAGCUCAGCCCCGUUUUUCCCACAAGCUCCCAAGAUGGACACCUCAGCUCCUGGAGUCCACCAGAGCAGGGCUCUGCUCGGGACCUGUAAGUGAGGAGUCUUCUCUGGGUCCAGGAAAGGAGCCGCGGGCAAAGAGCAAGCAGGGUGGGAUCCGCGGGCAUCUGUUUAAAUGCAGCUUAAACAGAAUGUGUUGUCUUCCCAUGGCUCAGGAGUUUCAAGAAAUAUCGGGAACCAUUGUUUCUGGGUUCUGUCUCUUAGGGGGAGUUAGAAAAUAAUAGACCUUAACUGUACCACGUACUAAAGUGAAACCGAAUACUGAUGUCAUUCAGUCUCCUUGAUUCAGGAGUACAGCAGAAUUUUCUUCAGUGCCUAUUUAAGAAUUACUUUCAAAAGUAAGAGGCAAAUUCCUUUGGGAUUAAUAGGCACUGAAUAGCAGAUGGCUGAUUUUAGUGCUCAUCUAUAUAACAUAAGAAUCCUCUGCCACUGAUUGCUAAUACUCUUUCUCUGAAUCAUUUCCUUGGAAAAUGUAUUUCCUGGAUCACCUUCUGUUACUCUCUUCUCGGCCUUUGUGUGUCACCCAAAUGGUGUUUUUAAGUGAAUGCAAAAAGGAUUCAGUGAAUGGUAUUUUCCUUUCCUAGUCAGCAACAUUUCCCUGGAAUCGUCUAUCAAAGCCAACACUGACUUAGGCUCUACAAUGCUUUUCAGGCAUAUUUUCAGAGAUAAACAUCUUGCCCACAUUAAUACUUAAGCAUCCAUAAAAUAAGAGAGCUCAGUCCCAGGCACACAGGGGAGCAAUAGGGAGCCCACGAUGGUUCUGAACCACAGAUCAGUGUGAGGAGAGUUCCCAGCCAGCAAGUUGGCUCAAGAGAAUUGUGGCAUCAACUGUAAAGUUACUACUAUAUUAGUGUUGCUGUAACAGUACCGUUAAGCCAACCCUGAGUUCCUGGGAAGGUUGAGGACACUUUCAGAGAUGUUUAUAAGUAGCAGUGAUUUAGCAGAGGGGAAAGUGCAGGCCGGGAUUUGGGAGGCUGGUAGGUAUGCUCCCCUGCAGUGACAGAGGCAUGGAGCUACGAAUAGGUAUUACUUUUUAAAGAACACUUCUCAGUGUUACUGCACUUCCCUCUUGCUUCUGGUUUCUUCCAGUUGUAUGAAAUGUGUUAGUAUUAAUUAUCCCAUGUGCAAAACAUGCUACUAAUUUUUAAAAUCAUUCCUCUGGCCACUGGUGUCCUAACUGCCUUAGGCACUGGCUUCUCUUCAGCCCCCAUCUACCUGACCACUCUGCGGCCCUUUCACUGCUGAUUUAAAAACAACUGCUUCACCUCUUUGACUUAUGUUUGUAGUUCUACUUCUGCCUAAGUGCUGGGGCUCCUCAGAACAGUGCCUUUGCCUUCUUUUCACUCCUGUUACUUCCUCCAUACUGUGGCUUCAACUGCCAUUUUUGUGACGAGAUCUUCAAAAUGACCAUGCUGCCCAGAAUAUCUCCCCAGAACUCUGGAUCCCACAUAACAAGUCCCUAUCAGAAACUACCACCUGGAAGGCCUCUUACAAGCACAAACUGUUUAGGGAGCUUUUCUUGCUCCCACCGGCGUCUUUCUAGCUCAUUCUUCCUGCUGUCCACGCCAGAAAUUUCUUACACAACUCCCAUCAGUGAACAUGUAUAAUUCUUGAACAUGAUCAUCCAUCCUGCCAGACUUCAUCAUUCCUUGCUGGAUCCUUUGUUGUGGUCUCUUAGCUGACCUCUCUGUUCCUGUUCCUUCCCCUUUCAAGUCUGUUGUUCUCCCUGCUGCCAAAGAAAUUCUUUUAAAUUUCAGAUCUGGUCAUGUCAUUGUCCUGCAUAAAACCCAUUGUUGUUCACUCACUCUUUGUUGUCCAACUCUUUGCGACCUCAUGGACAUAAGCAUGCCAGGCUCCCUGUCCAUCACCAACUCCAGAGCUUGCUCAAACUCAGGUCCGUCCAGUCAGUGAUGCCAUCCAACUGUCUCAUCCUCUGUCAUCCCCUUCUCCUCCUACCUUCAAUCUUUCCCAGCAUCAGGGUCUUUUCCAAUGAGUUGGCUCUUCGCAUCAGGUGACCAAAGUAUUGGAGCUUCAGCUUCAGUCCUUCCAGUGAAUAUUCAGGAUUGAUUCCUUUUAGAAUUGACUGGUUUGAUCUUGCAGCCCAAGGGGACUCUCAAGAGUCUUCUCCAACACCACAGUUCAAAACCACUUUCUUCAGUGCUCAGCCUUCUUUAUGGUCCACCUCUCACAUCCAUACAUGACUACUGGAAAAACCAUACAGACCUUUGUUGGCAAAGUAAUGUCUCUGCUUUUUAAUAUGCUGUCUAGGUUUGUCGUAGCUUUUCUUCCCAGGAGCAUCUUUUAAUUUCAUGACUGCAGUCACCAUCUGCAGUGAUUUUGGAGCCCAAGAAAAUAAAGUCUCACUGAUUCCAUUGUUU